AUGUCAGCAGAAGACAACCACGACAUCGCCAUCGGCGCCCAAACCGCAGACGAAGAACGAGGUAUCAAGAUGGAAAAAUUCUCUGAAGAAGAUGUUCCCGAAGAAAAUGUCACCGCCCAAGACACUCCCAGCAAGCAACGAGUCGUGAUUAUCCUAAUCGGAUUAGGGUUAUCUGUCUUCCUUGCUGCGCUUGAUAUCACCAUCGUUUCCACCGCUUUGCCCAAGAUAGUCGCUUUCUUCGAAGCCUCUGAUUCCGCCUACUCAUGGAUCGCAUCAUCUUAUCUAUUGGCAAAUGCUUCAUCCGUUGGUCUCUGGGGAAGACUGAGCGAUAUCUGGGGUCGAAAGCCUAUUCUUAGCAUCGCCAUCAUACUUUUCCUAGGCGGAAGUCUAAUUUGUGCCCUGGCGAUCAAUGUCAACAUGUUGAUCGCCGGUCGUGCCUUGCAGGGUGUGGGUAGUGGUGGUAUCACCGUAAUGGCAAACGUUUGUGUCUCCGACCUAUUUGACGUUCAAAGGCGCUCUGCCUACCUGGGCAUUUUUGGUGCGACAUGGGCCAUUGCCGGUGCCGUAGGACCCAUCAUUGGCGGUGCUUUUACAUCAUAUGUCACUUGGAGAUGGUGCUUCUAUAUCAACUUGCCUGUUGGCGGUGUUGCUUUCCUUUUCCUGCUCUUCUUCCUGAAGAUCGAUACCACGAAGAAGACGCUCGUGGACGGCCUCGCAUCAAUCGACUGGAUAGGCGUGGGCCUCGUCAUUGCCGGAACUAUCAUGCUUCUCCUCGGAUUGGAAUUUGGAGGAGACCAAUUCGCCUGGUCCUCGGCCACUUGUAUUUGUCUGAUCGUGUUUGGAGUUGUCGCCUUGAUUCUCUUCGGCAUUUAUGAGCAGUUUCCUUCUUCCCCGAUUAUCCCGCUGGCCGUUUUUAACAACUGGCAAAACAUUGCUCUCCUUGUCGUGAACUUCUGUCAUGGGGCCGUCUUCAUUGGUGGCUGCUUCUACCUCCCCGUGUAUCUACAAAACGUGCUCCUCGAAAGCUCGAUCAUGAGCGGUGUGCUUCUUCUACCUUUGGUCAGUGCACUGGCUAUUUCAUCCGGCCUAGCAGGCUGGUACCUGCGCGCAACUGGACGCUUCCGGGAGGUCAUCAUCUUUGGCAUGUUCUUCACGACUCUCGGAUACGGUCUAUACUUGGACUUGAAACCAUACGCAUCCUGGGCGCGUAUCGUGCUCUACCAGAUGAUCGUUGGUGUUGGACUGGGACCAAACUUCCAAGCAACUCUGAUUGCCCUCCAGGCUAAUGUGAAGACUUCAGAGAUGAGUCAGGCUACGGCUGCCUUUUCCCUUGUUCGACAACUGGCAGCCUCCAUAUCUGUGGUUGCCGGAACGGUCAUCUAUAAUCACGAAGUUGCAGUGAGGAAGGCCAGAUUGGUAGCAGCUUUGGGGUAUGAAUUCGGAACAGAAAUUGUUGUUGCAUCCACUGCCACGGCUAGUAUCACCAAGGAGCUACCUGUUGAUGAGCGACAAGUCGUUUUUGACGUCAUCAACAAGGGCCUUUCGUAUGUUUGGCUUUUCUAUCUCUGCGUUUCGGCCGCUGGUCUGAUUCUUGCAUGCACAUUGAGAAACCUCCACAAACAAUCGUCCUGA